AUGGAUGCAGAGGCUGAAGAUAAAACGCUGCGUACUCGUGCUAAAGGAAGCGAGGAUGGUGAUGUAAUAUUGAAAUAUAAACAGGCCCUUGAUGAUCUCAACAUCUGGAAAACAGGAUUGACUGGCAUACCAAUGGAUUCUCUAAUCCACGAGCUCAGGAAGAGAACAGAACUGGGAACAGCCAGUCACACACUCAUUCCUCAGUUCCUUGUUCCAACAGAUCAGCUGCAUGGGUCUGGGGACGGGAGCAGCCUGGAGCUACCAGGCCAGAAAGCAAGUUACUACCAGGAUACGAAAAGACUAAAUCCUUACUGUGGCCUGGUUUUUCUGCCCUCUCCAUUGGCCCCAGCCCACCUGAGCUCCUCACUGGAUCUGUCAGACCAAUGCCUCAAGCCUGUGAAUGCCCUUCCUUGGCCUGGAAUGCUGUUCCCUACAUCCCUUUGUGUCUCGAUCCCUCCUUUGCUUCAUGUCUUAGCUCAAACAUCUCCUUCUGCUGUAACAGGAGACUGCAAAGAGAUUGAUUUAGCUGAUGGUUCCGGGGGUUGGCAAGUCCAAGAUCAAUCAGCUGCAUCUGAUGGAGUCAAAAGCAAACCCACAUACAUCAGGCCUUCACCUCACCCUCCUCAUUCAGGGGUCUGGAAGGGAAUCAACCAGAACAAAGAUGUGAGAAGGAGUAUGGCCACAAUACCUAAGAUCUCCUUACAUCUUAACCUCAGUGGACAUCAGUCUCUGAGACAGGGAUUUGUAUGCACAAGUGUUGCAUAUGAUUGCUCCGUGGCGAAGAAGAGGAGAGCUGAAGAGCAGGCUCUGGGGGUCCCAGUCAACAAAAGGAAAUCCCUGCUGAUGAAACCCCGACACUACAGCCCAAACUUGGACUGCAAAGAGCACAGAGACGACAGGACUGAGGACGAUGGCCUGGUGGAAACAAGUGAUCAUUCUACUGCAGAGGAUAUCAGGAUAAAGCCUGUGGACGAGAAUCUUCAUUCAACUGCCCAAGAAAAUUCCCGUAGGAAGGAAGAUAGAUACACUUGUUAUCAAGAACUCGUGGUCAAAUCUUUAAUGCACUUGGGGAAACUUGAAAACAAUGUGUCUGUCCAGACUGUAAGUGAAAACUUAAAUGACAGUGGCAUCCAGUCUUUAAAAGCAGAGAGUGAUGAAGCAGAUGAGUGCUUUCUUAUUCAUUCCGAUGACGGAAGAGAGAAAAUCGAGGACUCCCAGCCACGGUUCUGUUCCUCGGAUGACAGCGAAAGUCACUCUGAGAGUGCUGAGAAUGGUUGGGACAGUGGCUCCAACUUCUCAGAAGAAACCAAACCACAUAGAGGCCCAAAGUGUGAUGCUGACGUGGAAAGGAGAGACCCACAGAACACACACCGGGAGCUCCCGGAUGCCAAAGCCCAGCCUUCCUUGGCUGAACCUGAGGAGAGGAACAGCGAGAGCCUGGCAGCUGGGGCUGAGGAGCCGGGAGACCUGGAGAGAGCCACUGGGAACUUAGGUCUGCUGGAGCAGGCGAUUGCUCUGCAGGCGGAGCGAGGCUGCGUUUUCCACAACACCUACAAGGAGCUGGACAGGUUCCUCCUGGGGCACCUAGCAGGGGAGAGGAGGCAAACCAAAGUCGUUGACACGGGUGGAAGACAAAUCUUUAACAACAAACAUUCGCCAAGGCCUGAAAAGAGGGAGACCAAAUGCCCCAUCCCAGGGUGUGAUGGCACAGGGCACGUGACAGGCCUCUACCCCCACCACCGCAGCCUUUCGGGGUGCCCCCACAAAGUCCGGGUUCCCCUGGAAAUUCUGGCCAUGCAUGAAAAUGUGCUCAAGUGUCCGACUCCAGGAUGCACAGGAAGGGGUCACGUGAACAGCAACCGCAACACCCACAGGAGUCUCUCUGGCUGCCCAAUUGCUGCAGCUGAAAAAUUGGCAAUGUCUCAGGACAAAAGUCAGCUUGAUUCUUCCCAGACCGGGCAGUGUCCUGACCAGGCCCACAGGACAAGCUUGGUGAAGCAAAUUGAAUUCAAUUUCCGAUCACAAGCCAUCACCUCUCCCAGAGCCACGGUGUCAAAAGAACAAGACAAGUUUGGAAAAGUCCCAUUUGAUUAUGCUAGUUUUGAUGCACAAGUUUUUGGUAAACGACCCCUUGUGCCAACAGGGCAAGGAUGCAAAACACCACCAUUUUCUGAAUCAAAGCAUUUUUCAAAUCCAGUGAAAUUUCCUAAUCGACUGCCUAGUGCAGGCGCCCACACACAGAGCCCGAGCCGUGCCAGCUCUUAUAGCUACGGUCAAUGUAGUGAAGACACCCACAUAGCAGCAGCUGCUGCCAUCCUGAACCUUUCCACCCGCUGCAGGGAAGCCGCAGACAUCCUCUCCAACAAACCACACAGCCUGCAUGCCAAGGGAGCCGAGAUAGAAGUGGAUGAAAAUGGCACAUUGGACUUAAGCAUGAAAAAAAAUCGAAUCCUGGACAAGGCUGCACCCCUAACUUCCUCUAACACUUCCAUCCCAACUCCUUCCUCUUCCCCAUUCAAAACCAGCAGCAUUCUGGUCAAUGCAGCGUUCUAUCAGGCUCUCUGUGACCAAGAGGGCUGGGACACUCCUAUCAACUAUAGCAAAGCUCAUGGGAAGCCAGAGGAGGAGAAAGAGAAAGAACCAGUGAACUCUCUAGAAAAUGUAGAGGAAAAAAAGUUUCCUGGAGAGGCCUCGAUACCAAGCCCUAAGCCCAAGCUCCACACGAGAGAUCUCAAAAAAGAACUAAUCACCUGUCCGACACCAGGUUGUGACGGAAGUGGCCAUGUCACAGGAAACUAUGCAUCUCAUCGCAGUGUGUCUGGAUGUCCUUUAGCAGAUAAGACUCUCAAGUCCCUCAUGGCCGCAAACUCUCAGGAGCUUAAGUGUCCAACUCCAGGCUGCGAUGGUUCAGGGCAUGUGACAGGGAACUACGCUUCCCACAGAAGUUUGUCUGGCUGCCCUCGAGCGAGGAAAGGUGGUGUCAAAAUGACCCCUACCAAGGAAGAAAAGGAAGAUCCUGAACUUAAAUGUCCCGUGAUGGGGUGUGAUGGCCAAGGUCACAUAUCAGGUAAAUACACAUCACACCGCACAGCUUCUGGCUGUCCCCUGGCUGCCAAGAGACAGAAGGAGAAUCCUCUCAAUGGGACCCCCCUCUCCUGGAAACUGAACAAACAAGAACUGCCGCAUUGUCCCUUGCCGGGCUGUAAUGGGCUAGGCCAUGUAAAUAAUGUCUUCGUCACCCACAGAAGCUUAUCUGGAUGUCCUCUCAAUGCACAAGCUAUCAAGAAAGGGAAGGUGUCUGAAGAACUAAUGACCAUCAAGCUCAAAGCCACGGGAGGUAUAGAGAGUGAUGAAGAAAUUCGGCAUUUGGACGAAGAAAUCAAGGAACUGAAUGAAUCCAACCUUAAAAUUGAAGCAGAUAUGAUGAAACUUCAGACCCAGAUCACAUCCAUGGAGAGCAAUUUAAAGACAAUAGAGGAGGAGAACAAACUCAUAGAACAGAACAAUGAGAGCCUGCUGAAGGAGCUAGCAGGGCUGAGCCAAGCUCUCAUUUCAAGCCUCGCUGACAUCCAGCUUCCACAAAUGGGACCUAUCAGUGAGCAGAAUUUCGAAGCAUAUGUAAAUACACUCACAGACAUGUACAGCAAUCUGGAACGGGACUAUUCCCCGGAAUGCAAAGCUCUACUGGAGAGUAUCAAACAGGCAGUGAAGGGCAUCCAUGUGUAG